UAGAUUAAAAAAAACCGGAUAGAUGAGAGCAAGCUGUCCGACAGGUGGAGGCUUUCGUGUGGUUUCUCGGAUUUGGAGGAGCAUGUGGCUGGAAAUAACCGCUAGUUUACCAAUGAUUGGUCCCCCUACGACGACAGUCCUCGCAGAUCUGCAGAGAUUGUCAGGAUGAUCAUGGGAACCGUCUCCAGGUGGACGUUUCUUCUAGGGUUCCUGGUGGGCGCCUGCUGCAUGUUCUUCUUCCUGCGCCAGGUGUGGUUUGAGCGAAGUUACCCAGUGCUAUCAGAAGCUCAAGAAAGAGCCCCGACUGUCGGAGAACCACCAACCAGCUGGAAGAAAGAGGGAGCUUCGCUGAUCAACCUGCUCCACCCACACCAUGCAGGUGAGAACAGCCGGGUAGCAGACAUGCUGUUCCAGAAGGUGCGUGUUCUCUGUUGGGUGAUGACAGGGCCGGAGAACCUGGAGAGCAGAGCCCGCCACGUCAGAGCCACUUGGAGUCGGCAUUGCAACAUUGUGGUGUUCAUGAGCUCUGUGGGGGAUCCUGACUUUCCCACGGUGGGUCUGGACACCAAAGAGGGCCGUGACCAGCUGUACUGGAAGACCAUCCGAGCCUUUCACUACGUCUAUGAACACCACGGAAGCGACGCAGACUGGUUUUUAAAGGCAGAUGAUGACACAUAUGUGGUGGUGGACAACCUGCGCUGGAUUUUGUCCAACCACACCCCAGACGAGCCAGUUUAUUUUGGGAAACGCUUUAAGCCUUACACUAAACAAGGGUACAUGAGUGGUGGAGCGGGCUAUGUGCUCAGUAAGGAGGCCCUUAAGAGGUUUGUAGAAGGCUUUCGGACUGGUACAUGUACUCACACCACUCCUGUGGAAGACUUGGCAUUGGGUCAGUGUUUGGAAAAGAUGGGUGUGAUUGCAGGCGACUCCAGAGACACUUUACAUCGAGAGACUUUUCAUCCGUUUGUGCCAGAGCACCAUCUUACGACCAAGUUCUCCAAGACCUUUUGGUACUGGAGCUACUGCUAUUAUCCAAUUGUUGAGGGUCCACAGUGCUGCUCAGACCUGGCUGUAUCCUUCCACUAUGUGGACGCAACGCUGAUGCACACGCUGGAGUACUACACCUACUACCUGAGAGCUUAUGGCUAUGUGCCGCGCUAUCGGCCCUCUGUGAACCACAGCGUGGCGUCUCCCCAGGCAGCCGUGACGACAGGACUCGUUCAGGAGCUGACGGACAGAAAGAAGCACACAAGCCCGGCAGAUUCUGCUUCCAGCAACCAAACCAAAGUGGAAAAGAAGAAAAAAGACAAUUUGAACCUUGUUAGGAGCACAAAUGCAGUGACGCAAAACACUCACGGCUGAAUCACUGCUGUUUUUCAGCUGGGGCUGAAUGUGCCAUUAUAACUACAAUUAUCUGAUCUACAUUAGAAUUGACAGUAGAGGCCCCUGUGGCUUCUCUCACCCCAUGACAAGGUGAUAGCAGUGGUGGAACGCGCCGUCUGUGGUGAAGUCCUCUACCCGGUGCGGUUUAUUUGCUAAUUGGUCGCUCUUCCUGAUGAUAAAACUUUCUGAAUGUGAUCACAGAAUAAGAACUUGCAGUAAAGGUGGAGACACUUUGGAUGUGGUUAGGUGGCUAAAUUUAGGGAAUUGGAAAGGUCCAUGAAGAUACUUCACACCACAAAUGAUUGAAUGUUUUUCCUCUGUCUGUAGGGCAGCAGCUCCUGUCACAGCCGUGAACUGUUUGUCCUUUUAAUAGCCACUUUUAUGAUGUUGGUCUUGUUGCUGUACACAUCUUUUUUUCAGUUUAAACAGGAUGAUACAAGUACCUUUAAGGUCACUGGGAUUUUUUUAUGUUUGAGUUGGAUUUUUUUUUCAGUUUUACUGGUCAAGAAUUAAUGGAAUAUUCAAACCCAACACACCAAAGUAAUGUGUUCUUUAUUACAUAACAAGUCUGCCUUAGAAAAUAUUUUUUGUGACCUUAAAAAGAGAAAAGCUCUUAUGGUGGUCGUGGUCAUCAUUUGACGCUAAAACCAAACGCAUCUGUAAUGUUACCCCCUUUGUUUUGGCAAAGCUCGUAAGGCUGCAUGUCCAGCAGGGAAGAAUCACUCAGACAGCGACAGGAAAAUGCAAUAUUUAAAUCGAUAGAAUAAGUAUAAAAAAAUUACAUUUAUUUUGAACUUUCAACAAAAAAAGAUGCAUAAUAAAGAAAUUAAGAUGA